AUGCGCCCGAACAGCACAACACCGCUGAUGCUGAUGAUGAGCUCCAUCACUGUCAUUCUCUAUCUGGCAUGUGCAGCAGAUGGUUCCACCGCGUCGGAUCAGUUCAGCAAUGACGGCCAAAGUUCGGCGACGGCGGACUCGGACGACCGAGGCCAGCGUGAGCUAUCGUCAGCCACAUUUCAGCAUUUGCUCGCGGUUCGCUCGCCCAAAUAUAACUUUGGGCUCGGAAAGCGAAGAUACGUCGAGAACACUCCCGGUGCCAAGCGGCUGUCACACUACAAUUUUGGCCUGGGGAAACGUGGCCGGUUGGAUUUAUUUGACUAUGAAGAAGACAGCCUACCGAGUUGGAGUGAUGAAUACCCAGGUUUAAUAUCGAAAGACAUUCCUGACUAUGAAGCUGAUCAGGACAAAGAGGCGGAAAAACGAUCAGGUGGGUAUCGGUAUCAUUUUGGAUUGGGUAAAAGACGAACAUACGAUUUUGGACUUGGCAAACGUUCAUACCAGGGCGGUGAAGAGAAACGGCUACCAAACCGUUACAACUUUGGACUCGGACGUCGUUAAUCGAGAGCCAUCAAACAGCGCCUAAAAUCGCAUAUCGAAAUCCACUAAACCUGAAAAUUGACCUCUAUUGUGCACCCAGCAAUGACGUCGAACAUCAACAAAAGCGAACGACUUGAAACCAUAAUAAUACCACCACACCAGCGACAGACCAAAGCCAAGAACCCUGCGAGAUUAUGUCCCCCAAAACGAUAAUCUAUUGCAUUUGCAAAUUUUUUGUAUUGAUCUCUUUGAAUGACUUUUUCGAAACAUACAUUACAGUGUAACAAAAAUGCAUACUUGCUAUUCAUUGUCCUAAACUAUCACUAACCAAGAGCAAACUUUAAUUCGGAGACGUGUGCUAAUGUGCCAAAUAUAUCAAUAUACAAAUUACUAUUAUGACAUAAGAGUUAAGAAAUGAAAACCUGCAGUCCAACCCCACUUUUUUAAAAUUCUUUCGAGUUUUCUUUCUCAACGUAAUUAAGCUUGAUUUCAGUACAGAAUAGAUAGGUUGGAUUUGGUAGGAGAGCCCAGCUGUAAAUACAGGACAUCAGCAAUUGCAGCACAAUGUUUAGUCGAUCAUCAAUGAAAUAUUACGAAAGCUUCCGGUAUAACUGUUUACGACCCAUAUCGAACUGUUAUACUAUUUAUGAUAAGGUGCCGGUUGGAGAUUGACAUUCCUCUAAAUGAAUGCUACAAAGUAAAAACCGUAAGCACGGUUGACAAAAAAACUUGCUUGCUGUUCAUAUGUAAAUUGUU